AUGUUCUUUCGAAACCGCCUCGUCGCACAUUUCUUCUUCUUCUUCUUCUUCUUUGUCUUUCUCCUUUCUUCUUCGUCGUCUUUGUUAUAUUUGUCUUCCUCCUCCUCCUCCUCCUCCUCUUCUUCUUCUUCUUCUUCUUUCUCCCCCUCCUUCUCCUCCUCCUCUUCUUCUUCUUCGUCUUUGCUGUCUUUGUCUUUCUCUCCUCUUUCCCCUCCUCUUCUUCUUCUUCUUCUUCUUAUUAUUAUUUUUCUCCGUCUUUGUUAUAUUUGUCUUUCUUCUUCUUCUUCUUCUUCUUUGUUAUCUUUGUCUUUCUCCCCUCCUCCUCCUCCUCUUCUUCACUUUUUUCUCUUUGAUCUCUCCAUCUCCGCGACAACCUCCCUUUCUCUUUUUUUCUCUUGUUUUUCUGCCAGUCGUUUUCAUCUUUCUUUCUUUCUUUCUUUCUUUCUUUCUUUCUUUCUUUCUUUCUUUCUUUCUUUCUUUCUGCAUUUUGCAUUUCUGCAUUUCUUUCUUUAUUUCUUUGAUUUCGUGCACUUCUUGUUCUUGUUCUUCUUCUUCACCAUUUUCUCUUUAAUCUCUCCAUCCCCACCUCGACCUCUCUUUCAUUUUUCUUUUUUUUCUCUUUUUCUUAUGCCCGUUUUUUUCAUCUUUCUUUUUCAUUCCUUUUGUCUUUGCUAUCUCUCUUCGUGUACUCUUCAUUCUUUCAUUGAUUUUUCUCUUUUCUUGUUGUUCUACCCGUUUUUCAUCUUUUUUUUUCUUUCUCCAUUUCUUUCUUUCUUUUAUCCAUGCACUUCUUCUUUUCCGUUUGCUUUUCGUACUCUAAUUUUUAUUUCAACCACUUCGUCUCAUUUUCAAGCAUUCUUUCUCGUUUUCAUUUUCUUCUUCCUCUUACUCUUUUGUUCGCCUUUUCACCUUUCUUUCUUUCUUUCUUUCUUUCUUCUCCUCCACCUUACAGACAUCUUCGUUUAUUGUUUGUUCAUCUAUUUCUUCUUCUCACACACUUUUCUGUACGUUAUCUUUAUUAAUGUUCUUUGA